AUUUAGACUUGAGCAUUUGUUACAUAAACGUUGUGCUAUAGAAAAAAAUAUGAUCGAUUAUCCGGAUGCCGUGUAUCACAAGAAUAUUGUGACUUCGAUUCAGAUUCAUAACAAGGCUCUACAGUUUGUUGAAUUUCUUGAGAGUACUUUUACGAUAUCGUUCGCCGUGCAACUUCUGAUGAAUACAAUUAUCUUGAGUAUUUCUUUAGUACAACUUUCGAUACAGCUGCACAAUUUAGCGGAAGCGUUUAGGUGCUUCCUCUUCAUUUGUGCUCAAUUGUUUCACUUGUUUUGCUUAAGCAUCCAAGGACAAAAGCUGAUAGAUCACAGCCUCGAGACUUGCGACAAGAU